AUGUCGCUCACAAACGCAACACCGCUGGAAGUAGCGAAAGCAGCCCAAGUCGGCUCACGCAGGCUUGCGGUGCUUCCUACAGAUGAGCGCAAUGCUGCACUAAUUGCAAUUCACAAGGCCUUAGCGGACGCCAAAGAUGAGGUCCUUGCAGCCAAUAAGCAGGACCUGGAGGAUGCGAAUAAGGCUGCAGCAGGCGGGACGCUACGUCAGAGUUUGGUAAAGAGACUGGAUCUGGGGAAGCCGGGCAAAUAUGAGGAUAUGCUGCAGGGUAUCUUGGAUGUGAGGGACCUUGAAGACCCAAUCAACAAGACCACGGCGCGGACACUCCUGGACGACAACCUCAUCCUCUCCAGGGUAACAUGUCCCAUUGGCGUGCUCCUCAUCAUCUUCGAGGCUCGUCCAGAAGUCAUCGCCAACAUUUCCGCCCUGGCCAUCAAAUCCGGCAACGCGGCCAUCCUUAAGGGAGGCAGAGAGUCAUCUCACAGCUUCGCCGCCAUCGCAUCCAUCAUCUCCCAUGCCCUCUCCACCACAUCCGUCCCCUCCGACUGCCUCCAACUAGUCCAAACCCGAGAUGUAAUCGCCGACCUCCUCAAGCUAGACUCCUACAUCGACCUCUGCAUCCCAAGAGGCGGCAACGAACUCGUCCGCUACGUCAAAACCACCGCCUCCAUCCCCGUCCUAGGCCACGCAGACGGCAUAUGCACCACCUACCUCUGCGCCGACUACCCCGCCGACAAAGCCACCAAGAUCAUCGUCGACGCAAAAGUCUCCUACCCCGCAGGCUGCAACGCCCUCGAGCAGCUCCUCGUACACGAAGAUGCCCUCGCCACCACCCUCCCCCCAGUCGCACAAGCCCUCCUCGAAAAAGGCGUCUCCCUCCGCUGCGACGCCCCCUCCCUUUCCGCUCUCAAAAAAGCGCUAGACCCCAUUCUGCGGCCCUCCUCCAAGAAGCCACGGAGAAGGACUACAAAACAGAAUUCCUAG